AUGAUCAUGUGUGGCUCUGAUAGGAGGAGUUUAACGGCUCUUAUAAGAGUGUGUAUCCGACUCUCAGAUCGCACAGGAUUCACAGCCGAUCUCACUGAUCUUCAGAUGGAGCUCAUAGUGUUUGGGAUUUUACUCUCUGUCACCUUCAGCGCCGUUCAAGGCAUCACACCCAAAUGUUGCGUUGAAACGACUAAGAAGUUUCCACUUGAUAUUCUGAUGAAAGUGACUAAAUAUGAGGUGCAGACGAGCCACGGCGUCUGCGCCAUCAACGCGCUCGUACUCCACGCCAACGACAAGCGAUACUGUGCAACGCCCAAACUCGAGCGAUUCCUGCAGAUCUUACAGAAGCUGAAGAUGCGGCACGGCCUGAAAAACACCUCUGCUGUUUGAACAGAUGAGAUCCGGACAAACAUCGGUCACGCUCCACUCUUUAAGAAAACAUUUACUCGUUGCUUCUGUUUGCAUGUUUUUCUACAUCUUCAAAUUAAUCCAGUGAUCUUGUAUAUGUAGUUUCUGCAUUUUGUACACAUUAACUGCUUUCUUACAAAAAGUUUUUUUUUCUGAUGUUUCAUUUGUUUAAAAUUGUUUCAUGUAUUAUGUUUGUAGUGCUUCAUGAGAGAGGCACAUAAAUCAAAAUUAUUGCUUCAAGGUGAACAGUUUCUUGUCUUUGUACUAUGGUUGAAUUAAAGAGCUGUUAGUUUGAUGGAUGAAGUUACUUUGUUUUUGAUUAAAUGUUUUUUUUUUGAACAGGUUUAUAAUGAAAAACAUCAAUCUUAUGAAAAACAUUGAAGUUAAGUGCUAUUUUUGAAGGAUCACGUGACACUGUAGACCAGUAAUAUACAAUAAUAUAUAUUAUAUUAUAAUGUUAUUAUAAUAAUAACUGAUACAAAGAUAGAGUUCAUUUUCAUUGUCACAUGAUCCUUCAAAAAUAAUGCAUGUGUAUAUGUGUGUGAUAUAUAUAUAUAUAUCCUGUGACACUGAAGACAGGAGUAAUGAUGCUUUUACAAUAUAUUCACAUAGGAAACAGUUCUAUUACUGUAACCAAAUCCAUCCUUAGUGAGCAAAAGAUUAAUAUAACAAACCAUAUAUUUUAUAUAAUGUGUGUGUGUGUGUGUACAAUGAACAUUUGUAGUUUUAUUAGUAAUACUUCAUGCAUUGACAAAUUAUUUUUAAAAAUACAUACUAGUAAAUGUCGAGAUUUAGAUGAACUAAAUUUUAUAUAAUACAUUGCUUUUAAAAAAAUGUUGCAAUUAGCCAAUUAACUAUUGCAUCCUCAAUUUUCUGUUUGAAUAACUUGUUUGAGUCUAUUUUAAUAACACCGUUAACAAAAACUUUACUGAAGGUUUUAGUUACUGAAACAUGACGCAUCAGUCUACUCCUGUAAAUUGAAUCGUGGGCAGACAAUAAUAAAGACAAGAUACAAGGCAUAUUUUUAUUUCUAGAAAAGUUAAUUCACACCACAAAGAGCAUUAAAUCCAUCAAAGCAGUUCACAGUUGACUUCAGAUGCAUUUGCAUGUUUGUCUUCAAUAUUAUCACUGUUCAGAAUUAGAUGUUCAUGAUGGACACAAAGUCUAAAGACAAUAAACCAUGACCAGAAAUCACUCAGGAUUAGGUUUUUCUAAUAAAAUGGUCCAGUUUCAACGACCGGUGACUGACUAGAAUCAAACCCACAAUAUGAUUUCAUCUUCUCAUUCAUGCAGGUUGACAUUCGGUGGUUUCACACAGGAUGAUUUUGGCACGUUAGAUUUGCAGAUGUUUCAUAUUUCACAUGAAGCCGAACCACUAAAUAACACACGGCUCUCAAACAUCAACUACUCCGGUGAAAAAGGUCACUUUUGUUAAUAAAGGCAGUUAAAACCCAAUCAACAAACAAGUGAGCAGUAGUCAGACAUUUUCAUCAAGAUCUGAAUAACAAAUCUCAGUCAAACAACACUAAUGUAAUUAAACCUAAAUAAAAAUGAUUUAAAAUAAACACAUACAAUAGUUGCACACAAAUUAGUCCCUGCCUUGGUCAAACUGCUCUAAACUGUCCCAUUACCAAGUAGAGAUUUGGAUUGGUACAGUGCUUUAACUAGACUUAACUAAUCACCAAUGCCUUUUACUUCAUCGUAACUCAUGUGAGAGUCAAGGGAUGUUAGUUGAUUGUCUUCUGACUGAAGGCUGAGAAUGAAGCUGCGUUCUGAAAAUACAGGACUGAAGUUGAAUGUCAGCAGUCAAUCAUUCACGCGCUGCUUAACCAAACACCGUCUGAUCUCACUGUUAGUGGCACUUCAAAACACAUUGGUUCUCUACAUACUAUGCAUUAUACUCCUUCAGAAAAUAAUAAAUAAAACAAAACAAAAAGGUUUAACUUAGCUCAUUUUGUUUUAGGGGAAUUAUUUUUUAUUUUACACUUCCUUAGUUUUUAUUUGUUGUAAGACAGUAAGGAAAUAUCAAUUAAAAUUAUUGAUAUACAAAAAAAAAA